AAACGCGGCGGACACGGACACGUACGUUGAUCAGUGCGGAACACUUGAAAAAUCUAGACAGUUGACAUAGCUCAAUCAAAUACACACAUACAUACAUCAUUAUUUACAAUCAUAUGUAUGUAUGUAAAUACAAAAUAAUUGUCUACUAACUAUAAACAAAUACUAAAAUGACAAAAGCUAGCAAAAGCAAGGAAAAGGAUAAAAACGGGAAUAAUGUUUUGCGAGAGUCGAAAGACCUCUUGUCCAGGGCUGCCCAAAUGAAAUUCUCCACGUCCGCGUCCAAUACAAAGAAGCAUACGACAGGCGAAAGGGAAAGAGCAACAGGAUCAAAUGCCACAACAAUUGUAUUUAGUCAAGCGCAACAGGCAGUCGCCGCGACCGCGAAAGAGACGGCGAUAGAAGCACAGGAGAACGGCGACAACGUCGCGCUUAAGGCACAACAAGAACAAAAACAAAAACAAGAAAAAGAACAAGAGAAAGCAGCGACGCCGACAGCGAAUUUAUCGUCGACAUUUGAGUCGAAGGCUCACUCAUCAGUUGCCAGUGAAACGGCGAAGCAAACAGUUGCCAGUACACCAGCAACCGCAGCAGCAGCAGCAACAACAACAGCAACCUUAAUUUCAGCAACACCAACAACUGCGAAUUCAACAAACAGUGCGCGAAGUUCGAAUGUUUUUGUUUAUGCUGACAGCGUAAGGCAGCAACAGCAACAGCAGCAACAACAACAGCAGCAGCAUCAGCAGCAAUUGCAGCAGCCUAGUGACGUCAGUAGCAAUAUUGUUACAGACGAGACGGCGGCAACUACUAGCAAUAGUAAUCAAGAUAAAGUGAAGCCCAAAACAGAAAACGUAACAAAUCUAGAGACAGAGUCAACAAUAACAACAACAGUGGCCGCAACUGGCGAUAAAUAUUACAAGAUAACAAAAAAAAGUGAAAUAAACGAACGAGAACAAAAUGCAACAGCAGCAGCAACAGUGACAACAUUAGGCAUUGCAAAUAAUGAAUUACCGUUGCAUUAUCGCGGCUUCAACAAUUCGGUGAUCAUAGCCAACUAUGCGCAUCAGCAGCAGCAGCAACAGCCCGAACAGCAGCAGCAGCAACAAUUUUUCGAGCAGCAGCAGUUUGUGCAACUCAAGUUAGAGCAGCAACAACACGGCAGCUGGCUGGCUUACAACAAUUGUGCCUACGACUUGACCAGCAACAGCAGCAGCAGCAACACAAACGCAACAGCAACAGCACCCCUGGCACACUUUCCAUAUCAUCCACACGCACAUUUAUACGAUACGCAGCUCAGCGCAGGCAUCAGCACGGAUCCCAUAAUGCGCAGCAAUUUUACGCUCUACAGCGGCGGCGGUGGAGUUGGUGUGGGCACACACGAGCAACAUCAGCUGCAGCAGCAUGUCGGCUCGGUUAUCGCGCACACCACCCACAGCGCACCGCCCAAUAUCGAUGAGGUCAUUGAGGAUACACUCAAGGACGAGUGCUUCGAUGAGGAGCAUGUGUCCAGCUAUCAUAUGCUUACAUCGGUCUCUGAUCUGCAUGUGCUCAAGGAAGCCAAUGCCACCAUAUACUCCAUGACGCACGAUCAGCUGUUGCAGCAGCAACAACAGCAGCAGCAGCAGCAACAGCAACAACAACACCUGCAACAUCACUUGUCACAGCAGCAACAUCAUACGCAUCAUCAUCACAACAACAACAACUCGGCCAGCUCAGUGGGCGGGGACUCGCCCUCGCCCUCGCACGCCCUGGUCGCCGCCCAUGGCAGCGAUGCGGCCGCCCUGCAAAGCUUCACGCAACUAACCAAUGCACCACUCAGCAUUAAUUUGCACCGCGAUAGCUACGGCAGCCUGUCGCCGGAUCACGCCAGCUACUUUAGCACCCAGCUCAAUCCAGUGCUCCACACCAGCUCGGUCUAUGCAGGUCCUUUGUUGGCCUCGGCUGCCAAUGGCAUGCAGUAUGGCAUGGCAUCAAUGACCUCGCCCAUGCACGCCCACUUGCAGCAGCAGCAGCAACAUCAGCAACUUCAGCAGCAGCAACAUCAUCAGCAGCAGCAGCAGCAGCAGCACCAUCAACAGCAGCAGCAGCACAACUCGAGCAGCAGCAGUCCUGGUCCUGUGGGUCUACUCCACACCAGUGGCGGCAACAAUGCUGCACACAGCUCGCUGCUGGACGAUGGCUAUGGCUCCCCAAAGAGCAGCCACAGCGGCAAUGAUGCCCCCAGCAACUUAGCCUUGCCAGCAUUUGGCGCUGCCUACGGCGUGCCCAAUGGCACUGCAACUGGCGCCGAACGCUCUGGCUACGCAUCACUGACCAAUUACCGCACACACAAUGAUGCUUGGCCUGGUCAUUAUGAGCCAAUUAGCUACGCGACCAGUUCCGCCAGCCAGGUGCAGCUGGGUGGCAGCGGCAGCGUCAAUGCUGCGGCCACAAAUGUAAUACGCAACGGACGCGUUGUUGCUGCCGCAGCAGCUGCAGCAGCCGCUGUCGAUGGUGCCACAAAUCCUGUUGAUCGCUAUGUCAACGCCGCCCAUCUCACGCUUCCCGCCUCGGCAUCCCUCUCAGCAAUGGCCGCUGAAUCAGGCGCGGAUUUCUAUAAGACCUACCCAUUUAACGUGAUCAGCGCUAGCCGCAAUAAGGCCUCCACAAACAGUGGCAACAGUGCUGCCGGUUCCGGUUCUGCAGUCUCAACGUCUGCAACGACAACGUCGUCAGUGACUUCGACUCCGCUCGACGAGCACGUUAGUCGCGGCAAUUCGAGACGCUUGAGCGCAACGAGACGCGCUGGCAUGACCUGCUCCAAUUGCCAGACCAGCUAUACAUCGCUCUGGCGACGCAAUCCUGGCGGCGAGCCCGUCUGCAAUGCCUGCGGUCUCUACUAUAAGCUGCACAAUGUGGUGCGUCCACCAAGCAUGAAGAAGGACACAAUACAAAAACGUAAACGCAAACCAAAGGGCACCAAGAGUGAAAAGUCCAAGAAGAUGCGCACUGCGCAGGCUGCUGCUGCCUUGGCCUCCAGCACAGCCGCCGCUGCUUGCCACAGUGUCAACAUGCCGCUCGAUGCACAUGAUGCUCAAAUGGAUGUUAAUGAAGACAUGAAACCACAUGCAUAUAUGUCAUACGCAUCGCAACAACAGCAACAGCUACAGCAACACCAGCUACAACUGCAGCAGCAACAUCAGCUUAACCCUGAGCCACAUUCAUCAGCGGCCAGCUCUCCGCAUAGCAUGGCUUCCAAUUCAUUAUCACCCAAUGCCACAGCUCAACAACAGCAGCAGCAGCAGCAGCAACAACAGCAGCAGCAGCAGCAACAGCAACAACAACAACAGCAGCAACAGCUCUGUGUUGGCUUGGACAUGUCACCCUCAUCAUCAUACCAAAUGUCACCACUAAAUAUGCAACAGCAAGCGCAGCAUUCCUGCAGCAUGCAACACUCACCUGGCACACCCACAUCAGCCAUGUCACAGUCCAUUUACUCUACGCCAUCACCCACACAGCUACACAACAAUAACAACAACAACUCAUUAUUUAAUCAUAAUAACAAUAAUAACAGCAACAACAACAACAAUAAUAAUUGCAACGAAACUAACAAGCAAAUUAUUCAGAAAUAUCUGCAAGCUCAGCAAUUGAGCAACAGCGAGCAACAGCAGCUUAUGCACCUGAUGCCGAGCAGCAUUACGGCGGCAGCAGCAGCUGUAGCAGCAGCGGCGGCGGCGGAGGCAAUCACCACGGCAAUCAAAUCGGAGUCAUCCAGCACCAGCACCAACAACAACUCCAACAGCAACAGCAGCAUCAAGCAGUCAGCUGCAACAACAGCCACAACACCGACCACGGCAUCGAACACACUAUCCUCACUGAGCCUGAGCAACAGCAACAUUAUCAGUCAACAAAAUCUCUACCAACAACAGUCGCUUGGUAAGACUGACAUGCCAUUAUGUAAAUCGGUUCUAAGCGGACGCGCUUCAUCGCCCUACUAUUUGGAUGAGCAGCCGGCGAUCAUUAAAAUGGAGCAAAUGGAGCAACAACAGCAGCAGCAGCAGCAACACCAACAACAGCAGCAACAUCUACACGACGAGCUGCUGCUCAGUCGCUCGGCCUCACUUGAAGAGCAUUAUGAACUGGCUGCGUACAAUCGUCACCAACAGCAGCAACAGCAGCUUAGCUUACAACAACAAUCUGAGCUAAUGCAGCAUGAGCAACACAUUGCCAGCUAUGCAAUGCAUGCUGCCGCACAGCAGCAAUUGCAGGAAUUUGAGCGUAAAUAUGGCGUUGAGCGCGAAAGCAUUGUCAAAAUGGAGUAAUGUGCGUAGAUUGGUGUUGCUCUGAUCAAAGAUAUUGUUGAUAUAUAAAUCUCACAGCUCCAAAGAAAUUUUAAUCCAUUCUUAGUUUAGUUAUUAUAAUUGCGUAUACUGUAAGUUCUCAAAGAGCUUGUAACACACACACACACAAACACUCACAUACACCUCCACAUACCUACACAUUCGUUUUGUAUAUAGAUUUAAGCACUCUAAUUUGAACUUUCUCUGUUUGUUAUUUAACAUUUAAUAUUUAGCUUAAUUUUUAGCAAAAUGCAUGCAGCAUGGAAACUUUCUUGCUGUGGCGCCUAAUACUAUUUCUGUUAGCAUUUUAUAUCACAUUUGAGAUUUCUUAUCAUCAAAUUCCAUAUAUUUGAAUAAGUAAUUGUAGAUUAGUCGUCAGCAAGAAUGAACACUAUAAAUUGUUUCAAUAAUCUCAUGCAAUUUAGUUAGUAAUUUAUGUAAAUCUAAUACAUGUAUAUUUAAAGCCAAAUUAAGUUUUAGUUAUA